AUGAUGGUGGCUCCUCCUGGUCCCUCUCAGACCUCCAGACCCUCUCCAGGAGGCUGCUCCUCCUGGUCCCUCUCAGACCUCCAGACCCUCUCCAGGAGGCUGCUCCUCCUGGUCCUUCUCAGACCUCCAGACCCUCUCCAGGAGGCUGCUCCUCCUGGUCCCUCUCAGACCUCCAGACCCUUUCCAGGAGGCUGCUCCUCCUGGUCCCUCUCAGACCUCCAGACCCUCUCCAGGAGGCUACUCCUCCUGGUCCCUCUCAGACCUCCAGACCCUCUCCAGGAGGCUGCUCCUCCUGGUCCCUCUCAGACCUCCAGACCCUUUCCAGGAGGCUGCUCCUCCUGGUCCCUCUCAGACCUCCAGACCCUCUCCAGGAGGCUGCUCCUCCUGGUCCCUCUCAGACCUCCAGACCCUCUCCAGGAGGCUACUCCUCCUGGUCCCUCUCAGACCUCCAGACCCUCUCCAGGAGGCUACUCCUCCUGGUCCCUCUCAGACCUCCAGACCCUCUCCAGGAGGCUGCUCCUCCUGGUCCCUCUCAGACCUCCAGACCCUUUCCAGGAGGCUGCUCCUCCUGGUCCCUCUCAGACCUCCAGACCCUUUCCAGGAGGCUGCUCCUCCUGGUCCCUCUCAGACCUCCAGACCCUCUCCAGGAGGCUGCUCCUCCUGGUCCCUCUCAGACCUCCAGACCCUCUCCAGGAGGCUACUCCUCCUGGUUCCUCUCAGACCUCCAGACCCUCUCCAGGAGGCUACUCCUCCUGGUUCCUCUCAGACCUCCAGACCCUCUCCAGGAGGCUACUCCUCCUGGUUCCUCUCAGACCUCCAGACCCUCUCCAGGAGGCUACUCCUCCUGGUUCCUCUCAGACCUCCAGACCCUCUCCAGGAGGCUGCUCCUCCUGGUUCCUCUCAGACCUCCAGACCCUCUCCAGGAGGCUACUCCUCCUGGUUCCUCUCAGACCUCCAGAGAACCCGUGGGGCCUUCUAACGGGGCAGUUUUCUGUUUUUCGGGAGGAGGAGAAAGCUGUUGACUCUGUCCUCUCUCCUCUGUCCUCUCUCCUCUGUCCUCAGUCCUCUCUCCUCUGUCCUCUCUCCUCUGUCCUCUCUCCUCUGUCCUCAGUCCUCUCUCCUCUGUCCUCUGUCCUAUGUCCUCUCUCCUCAGUCCUCUCUCCUCUGUCCUCUCUCCUCUGUCCUCUCUCCUCUGUCCUCUCUCCUCUGUCCUCUCUCCUCUGUCCUCUCUCCUCAGUCCUCUCUCCUCAGUCCUCUGUCCUCUCUCCUCUCUCCUCAGUCCUCUGUCCUCUCUCCUCUGUCCUCUCUCCUCAGUCCUCUGUCCUCUGUCCUCAGUCCUUGUGGAAAACCUACAGUCUGAUUUACGCAGCGUGUCUUCAGCUCGAGGGGAGACAGAGCAGUAAAUCUAACUGUGGUGGAGCAGAGCUGAGGAAGAUGGAUGAUCCGCUGUCAUCAGAGGCAGACGACACGAGCAAACACCAGAGACACACAUCGCUCCUGUGUUCCAUUUACGAGGAGGAAAGAUGCCCAUCACAGAACCACAUCUGUGUCCAGGGCUGA